CUCGUGUCUAAGCAUUUAAAAGAUUUAAAUUUUUUUGUCAGAGAUCGCCCAAAUUUCUCUAUAAAAAGCAUACCCUCCUUGGUUUCCGUUUGGUUCGAUACUUUAUCCCAACCCUGUAUUUUAAAAUCUGACAUUUCAUUUUACAGUGUCAAAUAUAUAGCAGUUGACAUUUUUUGGUUUUACAUGAUCUUUUUUAUCAAUUUUUAAAGAUAUGGAUUCAGACAGUAAUCCAGAAUUGUCCGAUUGCAUUACUUGUUCAACUAUAAAAAACAUCACAAAUAUAAAUGAUCAAAUAAAUACGGUCGACGAAACAAAAAAUUCUACAACAAAUAUAAAUGUUGAUGGCUUACUGCUGAGUCCAAGCUGUCCCCUAUUAGGUCCUCAUCCAAAACCAACAAAAUGUAUUGAAGAGAAGGAAGAUACUUGUCUGAAUCUAAAUGAAAAUAAAUUGAAGAAAAAAGAAACGCGUGACACAACAUAUGAUGACGACUUUGAAGAUGAUGCGGAUUUAGAUUAUCUAAAUCAACAUUUUAAUACUUCUGUUAGUCUAUGCUCUUCAUCAUCGAAACGUAAUGUAACGUUUAAAAACAGCGAACUCAGAGAUAUUGAACGAGUCAACACUAUUUUGAUGAAAAAAAUAAUGUCUCAUAGUCAAAGAACGAAUCAAUAUAACGUACCACCUAAACAAUAUGGCUUCAAAAAGUUAUCAAGUCUUGCUAUUAAUAGAAAAAGGCAAGAAGAAAAGAUUAAUAGAGAAAAUUUAAUUUUGCUAAAAAAAAUUCAGUCUGUUAAGUCCACUUUUAAAAAAUAAAAAAAUAUUUUAAUAAUGCCUAAUGUCAAUGCCAAGAUUUACUGUAAAGUAGUAUAAAUGUGUAAAAUAUGU